GUUUAGCAGUCUGAUGGCCUUGAGAUUGAAAAACAUCUCUCGGUCCCAGCUUUGAUGCACCUGUACUGACCUCGCCUUCUGGAUGGUAGCGGUGUGAACAGGCAGUGGCUCGGGUGGUUCAUAUCCUUGAUGAUCUUUUUGGCCUUCCUGUGACAUCGGGUGCUGUAGGUGUCAUGGGGGACAGAUAGUUUGCCCCCGGUGAUGCGUUGUGCAGACCACACCACCCUAUGGAGAGCCUUGCGGUUGAGGGUGGUGCAGUUGCCGUACCAGGCUGUGCAACAGCCCGACAGGAUGCUCUCGAUUGUGGAUCUGUAAACGUUUGUCAGGGUUUUGGGUGACAAGCCAAAUUUAUUCAACUGUUGCGUCUUCUUCACCACACUGUCUGUGUGGGUGGACCACCUUCUCCUCUGCUGUCCCCUGCUGUUUCCUGAAGUCCACGAUCAUCUCCUUUGUUUUGUUGAUGUUGAGUGAGAGGUUGUUUUCCUGAUACCACACUCCGAGUGCCCUCACCUCCUCCCUGUAGGCUGUCUCGUCGUUGUUGGUGAUCAAGCCCACUACUGUUGUCGUCUGCAAACUUAAUGAUUGGGUUGGAGGCAUGCAUGGCCACGCAGUUGUGGGUGAACAGGGAGUACAGGAGAGGGCUGAGCACGCACCCUUGUGUGUGCUCCAUUUGAUUUCUAUUUCUCAGGUGAGGGUGCUGUUUAGGUAAGGGUGUGAUGUCUAUACAAAAACAAAACAGGCUAUUUUAAGGCUAUUUAAAAAAAUUAGACACCCUAUGAACCCUCGGCAGUGAAACGAGGCAAUUCAGGCAAUAAAAAAACCUCACCCAAACAUUUAGCCCCGUUGGAAAAUAUAAAUGGACUGUUUGAAAAUGGGAAGACAUUUUUUUUUUAAAUAUAUUUUAAUUUGGCGUAACCCCGACGGCAUUGUGUGUACCCCAGUUUGGGAAUAGCUGCUCUACAGCACGUGGAUAUUGCAGCCCUCCUGAUCAAGUUCAACAUGUGUGUGAAUGCUACAGACAAGUGGGCCUUCACCCCUGUCCACGAGGCGACUCAGAAGGGCCGUCCUGCGCUGUGUGCUCUCAGAACCUUCCUGCUAGCCAUGAUUGGCUGAGAUAAUGAGUGGGCUGGACAUGCCAAUAGAGGAGUUUGGAUUGGUCUGCCAAAUAGCAUGCUUCUGUCUAUUUGAGCUGGUCAGUAUGUGUUGGUAAUCCUGUCUAACACGGCUUUAAAAAAUAUAUAUAUUGCGUAGGAGAACUGCAUAAGUGUUGCUCUCCACUUUAAGGAGGACCGAGUUUUGAAAUCAGUGGAAUUAGAGUAUGAUAGCUAAGGAGAUGGAGAAAACACCUGUCUCCGGAUUACAUCUUCAAACUAACGGCAACCAUGGCAUCCGUUACAAGGAGAAGCGUCCAUCCUUGAUGUAUACGAAUAAGAUAGUCUAGGUAGCAAAAAUGUUCUGAUAUUACACAUUUCUAAUUUUGACAAAGUCGUUUUAAUUUAAAGUUAAAGUGUACUGUUAGCUAGCUAGCUAACGUUAACUGGCUGGCUCGCUAACUAAUAUUACUUGUAUGGUCUUAUUAUUCGUAUCUCAGAGCCAUUUGCUUUGCUAGUUAUAGCCUAAUGUUAGCUAACAACUUGGUUGGUUAGUUACCUGCAGAUUCAUGCAGGGUAGUCACGUCAUGAGUUGGGAUUAUGGUUCAUUGCUUAGCUAGCUAGCUACAUGUCUUAACAAAAGUCUCCACUAUGCAAGUAAACAUUUCAAUAGAAUGUCAGUGCGACAACUGUUGAUAGACAGCUGUUGAUAGACAAUUGCUGUCAGCAGCACAGUUGCAGUCACGAAAGCACUGGAUAACAUAAAAACAGCCUAACCAGCUCUGCUAGGGAGAGUUAAAUGGUCAGUGAGCUGUUCUCUCGUUUGUAUCUAGAAGUAGCUAGUAAGCUAGCAAAUGUUAGCCAGUUAGCUUGGGCGCUUGACUGCUAUGGUUAGGACAGAACGCUCGGGUCAUCCCUUAAAGAGAUGGGUGGGGAUAAAGCUUAAGAGGGUGUGAACGAUGCUGAAUGGGUGUAGACAAAGAAAAGCUCUCCAGUAGGUACCAAAACAUUCAAAGGCCAUUUUCUCAAAAGUGAGGUUACAAGUUUAGCAACUUUCAAAGCAGAAUUACUUUCCCAUUGUUCUUCAAAUGCAGUGUAUGAUAUACCAUUUUCUAGUUCUGUGUCUGCUUUUAUCUAAUGUAAAGACACCAUUUCACAUUUUGCUACAUAAUCAAUCAAUCAAGUUUAUUUUAUAUAGCCCUUCGUACAUCAGCUAAUAUCUCGAAGUGCUGUACAGAGACCCAGCCUAAAACCCCAAACAGCUAGAAUGCAGGUGUAGAAGCACAUAAGACUGAAUCAAGCCGGUCGGUCACAUAUAAUACAAAUGUGAGUGUCCCAGAAUUACUUUUACUAUGUUACGUCUAGUCUAUGAGACCAGGCUGCUCUCCCUGGCCUGGUCCCCCAAAAUAACAUAGUUUUAAUAGCCUACAUCUAUUCAGAGGCUAAAGGUCCUCACUUACCAUGAAGUAAAUUGAUCUUGCUGCUCUUAUAAAUUCUUGUUGAUUUGUAGUCAGUAUAAUAUUUGUGUUUCAUGUGUAAAGGAAAAUAUAUGUUUCCCUUGAGAUUGCGCAUUCUUUCCUGGUAUGGGAUGUGUCUGAGAUGUCUCUGAUAGCAAUGCAUAUUUGGCAACUGUUUGCAGGGAGGCGUAUCCCACAGCGGCAUUCCAUUCGCAAAGAAUGCUUGGGUCUCGACUUGUACCCCUUACAAUCCCGAGUGAGUGUGUGAUCGCUUGCUUUCAUGCGUGAGUGUGAAAAUUGCUUUCCUUCAAGUGACUUCAGAUGAGAAUCUCAAGAGAGAAAAAAAGCUAUAUUUGAUAUUGCAUAGGACAAAAAAAAAAAAUAGAUUGUGCAAUCAAAACCAGUGCGUACUUCCUUGCCAUAGGCAAGGCGGGGCAUGAGGAGUAUAUGCGGAAUCGUGCUCCAGGUGUGCGUAUUGUCCCAGGACCAUACAGAAAGUUCACAUGGAGUUUCUGAAAUGGCUCUAUACAUCAACACGCGCACAGAACUGGACCGCAUGUAGCCUAGUGCCACAGACAACAUCAAAGACAGCCAGUGUUGUGUCUGGGAAUCAAGACUUGAGUUAACCGGAGACACGGCAUCAUACGCACUAAGCUCCUGCUGAUCACCAGAAUGUUCAGGAGGAGAGGAGAUGUUCUCGAGGUUGUAGGUAACAGGCAGUAGCAGUGGAGAUGGUCCCCUGGAUCACCUUCCUGGUGACAUGCAUAUGGAUACAGACCCUCAAAGCCUCAGGACUGGACACCUGUCACAGGACCCCUCGCAAGGAGGUGGAUUUCACCUUUAACUACUCAAUACCCCACUUCCAGACAGCCAAACCCAUCCAGAACAUAGUGGUCAACCUGUACAUGCCUGAGGUUUAUGUGGCUUCUCAGAAUGUGAUUGAGGCAGUGAGUGGAGAGCUCAGUAAGUUAUGGGAGCUGAGGACAGGCCCAGUGGGCAGCCCGGAGUGUCAGACCUGUGGCCUGUGUGACAUCGAGGCCGAUCUUGAGGACUCAGUAGACACGGACAAUGAGGUCUUGCUCUUGGACCCAUCACCUUAUCUUAACUCUCUGUACUCCUGUGGGAGCUCUCAGCAUGGGGUCUGUCACUUACAUGAACUUAGCUCUAAUGAUACCCCACCUAAAUCUGAAUGUCUCUUCAGGAAGGAUGCUAACUCUCCGUCCCUUUGCCCUGACUGCCUGGCCAGCCCGCUGGGCACUGAGGUCAUCAUCGUGGAGCAAGGCUACACAGCCUACUUCUUUGUAGCGGCUACACUCAAUGAGCGUGUGGCACAGAGGUACGGCAGACCGUCCUUAUCGGUGCGCCGGCCACUGUCGACCCUGGAUGGCUUUGAGAUGGUCAUGCAGGGUCUGACUGUGCUCCCUAAACUACAGAACUCCUACCAGAUCGACUACAUCUACAGCUUCUCCACACAGGACUAUGUCUACUUCCUGUCUGUCCAGAGGGAGAACUUCCUGGACUCAUAUCAGACGCGGUUGGGCCGUCUCCCGGUGAAGGACACGGAAGCGUGGCUGUACCGUGAGGUGGUGCUGGAGUGUCGCUUCGAGCCCAAACGCAGGCGGAGGAGGAGGGGGGGGAACAAUAUUUUCCAGGACGUGGUAUAUAACGGGCUGCAGGCGGCCCACUUCAGCCGGGCAGGGAAGGAGCUGGCAGAGGAGCUGGGGGUGGGGGAGAAGGAUGACAUCCUCUAUGGAGUGUUUGCAGUGACAGAUGGCUCUGGGAGGCCCUACAGUAACUCAGCCAUGUGUGCCUUCCCCAUGCCCAACGUGAACAGGGCCAUCGACCGGGGAGCGGAGGACUGCUGCAGGUCCAGCACAGAGCAGCUCUCCAGGGGGCUCUGCCACUUCCAGCUCUGCGAGAGCUGCCCUCAUGAGAGCUCCGACAACAACGCUACAUGCAUGGCCAAGUCCACCCUGGUGUCUAAGCCAUACUACAGGUUGGACCUCUUCAACAGGUACAUGAACAACAUCCUGCUCACCUCAGUACUGGUCACCAUCAUCGGGAACAACACUGUGGCACACAUUGGCACCAAGGACGGCAGGCUGCUGCAGCUCAUCCUGAAGAGGUCAAAUCCCAUCAUCUUUGCCAACUAUUCUCUGGGAGAGGACAAUGAGGUGUCCAGGAAAGCUGCUGUGCAAUCUAACGAGUCCUUGCUCUUUGUGGUUGGAAAUAAGAUGUUCAGUGUGUCUCCUAAAGGACCAGGAUGUAAACACUUCCUGACCUGCUCCACAUGUCUGAUGGCGCCCAGGUUCAUAGGGUGUGGCUGGUGUUCGGGGGUGUGCUCCAGGCAGGAGGAGUGCCUCAUACAGUGGAAGAGUGAGUCCUGUCCUCCCGUCAUCACAAAGUUUUUCCCAAAGACGGCUCCCCCUGAUGGUGAGACAGAGCUAAGGCUGUGUGGCUCGGAGUUCCAGUCUCCUCUACGACCAGCCAUCAUCAGCGAGGAGACCCACCUGGUGCGAGUGGGAGCGACUCCCUGCACUGUGCUGUCAGAGAAGAGCAAUAGUACACAGCUGGUGUGUAGCAUUCACCCUAAGGUUCCGGGUCCAUCCCAGGAUCUCAACAUCACUGUGGCAGUGCAUGAGGGGAAGGUGGAGGGACGCUACUCAGUUGAAGGCCAGGCCCAAAUGAUAGGGUUCACUUUUGUGGAGCCAAGUAUCACAGCAAUCACUCCUGACUACGGGCCUCAAAUAGGGGGAACCUUGGUCACAGUGACAGGGCAUCACUUGAAUGCUGGGAUGAUAAAGACUGUGUCUAUAGGAGACCAGGACUGCCCCAUCAAGAGUGUCACUGAGGGUACUGGGACCAUGUCCUCCAUAGUCUGCCUGUCCAAAGGGUUGGCAGUGGUGAAGAAGGUGCCUGUCAGGGUUUUCAUUGACAAAUCCCAAGUGGCUACUACCAAGAUGUUUCACUACAAGAAGAACCCUGUGAUCACUGUGAUACAGCCAGUCUGCAGCUUCAGAAGUGGAUCCAAAAUCAUCAUCAAAGGCAGUAAUCUGGACUCUGCGUACAACACUGUGAUCCGCUACAAAUCCCACAACCCCUCACAGAAGCUUCUGCAGCGUGUCUGCAACGGCACAGCAACCCCCACACGUAUGGAGUGCUUUGCCCCGGUUUUCCCCAGGAAUGAGACCGACAAGGGCAUCAUCACUAUCAACAUGGACGGGGCCAACAAACUUGUGGUGAAGCGCUUCGAAUACCAACCAGACGCCAGCAUCACCCCCUUUGAGUACGAAGGCAAUGUACUGAGCCUGAGCCCUGGACAGACUGAGGUUUCCCUGCAUCACAACAAGCUGAGCAUGGUGAGUCCCUGUAUGGAGAUUACAAUGAGCAUUGGAGGUGUGGACUGUGGUGUCCAAGUACUGGACAACGAACUGACCUGCAGGAUCCCCAAGAAUCUCGUCAUCCCCAGUGAAGGGUCACCUGUCAGGGUGUCUGUGAAUGGGCAUGCCUAUGAGGUGGGCACUGUGGUCUUCUUCAGCAACACUGUCAACACAGUGGGUGUGGUGAUGGGGAUCUUUGCUGCAUUGUGCGUUGGCGCUGCCCUGGCUUUCAUCGCCAUGAAAUAUGUGAGGAAGAAAAAGAAAGAAAUUUCAGCCAAUGUAGAGACUCGUUUAGCAAGGAUGUCCGUCCGCAGAAGAAUAAGCAGCAACCCUGACCUAUCCCCCACAGGUGACUAUAGACGAGACCUGUCCUACCAGCCGAGCCAGACGACAGGCUCAGGAGGGAUAACCUUCCAUGGCCUGGUCUACACUGCCACCUUUGACCCCUUGGCCGUGCCUCUGAUCACAGUGGACACCCUGAAACCUGAGCUCCUGGAGGAGGUCAGAGACGUCCUGAUCCCAGCCGACACGGUCAACAUUCACCGCAACCAGAUCAUUGGCAAAGGUAAUUUUGGGACUGUGUACCAUGGCUACCUAACAGACAACAAGAACCAACAGUUAAUCCACUGUGCUGUUAAAGCAUUGAACAGGAUCACGGCCCUGGAGGAGGUGGAGCAAUUCCUGAGAGAGGGCAUCCUGAUGAAGGAGUUCCACCACACCAAUGUUCUGUCCCUGCUGGGCAUUCUUCUGCCUCAGGAGGGGCUCCCCCUGGUGGUGCUGCCCUAUAUGAAAUAUGGAGACCUGCGCCACUUUAUACGCUGUGAAAGGAGGAACCCAACAGUGAAAGACCUGAUUGGCUUUGGGCUGCAAGUUGCCAAAGGGAUGGAGUACCUGGCCCAGAAGAAGUUUGUACACAGAGACCUGGCAGCUAGGAAUUGCAUGCUUGAUGAAACGUUCACGGUGAAGGUGGCAGACUUCGGCAUGGCCAGAGAUGUGUUUGACAAGGAGUACUACAGCAUCCAGGACCACAAGAAGGCCAAGCUGCCAGUCAAGUGGAUGGCCAUAGAGAGCCUGCAGACACAGAAGUUCACCACUAAGUCAGACGUGUGGUCAUUUGGGGUCCUGAUGUGGGAGCUGUUGACCAGAGGAGCUAGCCCCUAUCCUGAAGUGGACCCCUAUGACAUCACUCAAUUCCUGUUGAAGGGGCGCAGGCUUCCCCAGCCACAGUUCUGCCCUGAUGCCCUGUACUCAAUCAUGCUGGAGUGCUGGGACCCAGAGCCGGAGCUCAGGCCUGAUUUCCACACGCUGGACCAGGAGGUGCUGGAGAUCUGGUCCUGCCUGGAGGGAGAGCACUACAUCAGCCUUAAGGUGACCUACGUCAACCUGGACCAGCCACGGCCCUACCCCGCCCUGACCACCUCCGCUGACGAGGCUGAAGCCUCUUCUGGAUCAGAGUCAGACAGCGUUAUGUCCAACUGACUGGACUCACCAGAACUGACUGGACCACACCAGAACUGACUGGACCACACCAGAACUGACUGGACCAGACCAGAAGUGACCGGACCAGGACAGGGACAGUAGAGAGGUCAGAGGGCACGGAUGAAAGGCCUUUCCUAUCCACGCAGUAUGCAGAAAGAAUCUUGCAGUUCUGUGACUGAGACUGAGACUGAGACUGAGACUGGAUUGGGAAGGAAUAGAACAUUGACUAUUGACUAAAUUUGUGUGAGCAAUGUGUGAGCAAUUGUGUGAGCAAUGACACUGAAUUUCAAUGGAGUUUCCCCCACCUUGUGAGUACACAAAUUUUGACUAUAUCAUAUUUUUGUGUACUUUUAAUGCAUUUUUUUUUUUUAAGGUAGGUUUUCUGUUGGAGAAAUUGUAUUUAUGGGACAACAAGUGAACCCUCUCCAUGUCUGAAGCACAGCUGUAAAUAUGAACAAAUGAAUGUAAAUGUCUGAAAUGUGGAUAUGUUAUGCUAAUUAAUGACCAUGAUUUAAGCUUGACAUUAAUAUGUUUAAUAGGAUGGAUAUCACAUUUUUUUGUCAGAUUUUUCUCACUUUUUUGCUAUGGCUACAUUUACACACUGAUCUUUUUGUCACUAUUGGUCUUUUGACUGAUCAGAUCUUUUGACUAUAAUGGGCUAAAGAUCAGAAUUGUGCUGCAUGUGUCAACACAGUAUUCGAGAUGGUCAUUUGUGUUGGAGAUCAUUUGAUUUAUGGUAUGAAAUGUGUCCACUGACCAAACUGGUCAACUUUUCUGCAUUUACACAGGCACCCCAAUUCUAAUAUUUUUUUCACUAACUAAUUGGUCUGAACAAGAUCUGAUGUGAAAAGAUCUUAUGUGAUUGUCAAAAAACGAAUUAGCCGUGGGAAAAAUGUGAAUUGGGCUGCCUGUCCACUCAGCCCUUGAGAUUCACAAGGACACACUUCUGAGAGAAUAGUUCAGUUAGCCAUCCUUGUGAAUGAGUAAGCUUUAAAUUACCAGAGAAUAUAAUAAUAGGAAUACUAAGCUUUAAAAUGCCAGAGCAUAUAAUAAUAGGAAUACUAAUUGAUACUCAGGGAGUCAACAUAUACAUUUGUCCGGUUUGAGAAAUCAACCUGUCUUUUAUUAAAGGGAAAGUCUGGGAUGCUGCAUCCAUUUUUGGACUUCUAAAUGAAUGAUAUUGUAUAUACCCAUUGAUUCUUAAAAAAUACAACUUAGAAAUGCCUCGUGAGCUUAGUUCAACUGUCACACCCCAUCAGAAGCAUAAAUAUAAGCUUGUUUUACUCCAUUGUUUGUAAACAAUGUAAUUUUAAACAAACACUGUAUAGCCUCAAAACAUGGUUAAAACUAUACUUUUAAUAUCAUGGAUGGUCAGUCCUUGUAUUCAUAGCUUUGAGAGUGGUUAAAGUUCUCCAGCCCCAUCCCUCAGUUGUUUACCAAAACAAGUAGGGGGUGGCGGCUUUGUUUUUGUUUGAACUGGGGAUUGCCCAUUUAACUCUGAGCUGAAGAAUGCCCCUCAUUUCAUACUGCUUGUUAGUCUUUGAAUCCAUCACUAGAGGUCAGUAAAAACCUUUGUCACGAGUACUUUUGCUGCAGUAUUCUGCACGUCAUCAGACCAAGGUACACGCCAGACCUUUGUUACAACAAUCUAUGUUUCACACUACAAUGCUUAAAGGAGAUAAGAGGGAUGUUUACUUUGUCUGCGUAAGGAAAUAGUUAUGAUUGGCACUGGCAGACUAUUGACUGUACUGAAAUCUCAGGACACCCUAUAGUGUGUCCUGAACUCCUGAGAGUUCUCCUGUUUAUUUCAGUCACUGUGUAAUCACCUCCAACUGUGUUUAUCUUGUGGGUUGUUUUAGUGACAUCAAUCAGAAAAGACAAGUCUACGUUUGUAUCAACAUGAAGAAAGUAAAACAUUAAAUUUAACACAGCCAAUCA